UCAGUUGAUUCAAUCAGUUAAUGCCUCCUCAUCGCACGAAGCACAUCUAUCAUGCUAGUUCAACUGGUAAGAUCAGUGCCAGCAUGUUGAAACUAUCAUUUCUGAUUUUUCUAGCCGUCACCGCAGCCGGUGGCGAGGUGCGUUUCGGCGGUUCAUACUCAUUCUCGCAGAAUGUCCUCAUGUUCGACCACGGUAUGGUGCCUGUCGGGUUCAAACUGACCGGUCAAUUGAAUCUAGCUAAUUUAAACAAUGGUGCUCUUCUCGCAGAGCUUAAAGAUCUCCAACUGCUUGUCAAAUCAAGCCAAGAAUCUCAAGAUGGAUAUACAAGCCACGUAUCCAAAAUUGAUCAAUUAGUUAAUAAACCAUUUGUGAUUCAGUUGUCUCAAAAUGAAGUGAAAAAAGUUUACUUAGCAAUAGACGAAGACCCGACACUUGCGAAUAUCAAGAAGGGUCUUGCAAGUCUUUUUCAGAUUAGACAGACGAACGACAAGUUCGAAGAGAAAGAUAUGAGCGGUGUUUGUCAAGUUGAUUAUAAAAACACAGGAAAUCAUAUUUUGAAGAGCAAAACUGGUUGCCAUUGGCGAGGAAAUAAGCUUAUGAAAAGCAGGCUUUGGGGAAUGAAGAUCGACUCAAAACGUUUUGAAGAAAUCGUCUUAACAAAAGGAAAUCUUGUCGAUCAUGUCGUAGCCGAUGAAGAGCAUACUUUGUUGAGUGCGUGGAACAAAAUCAUGCGGAUCAAGACUACGACUCAAACCGAAUUGAAGUUAAAAGAUUCAACAAUUUUGGAUAAAAAAAUGGAUUUAUCGCAAGUUCAAAAAGAUCUGUCUGUGACGUUCAAUGAACACAAUUUUGAAUUUAACACUAAUGAAAGUGUACAAGAACAUCCAAAAAUAAAGCUAACUUCAUUUGUCAAAAAUAACAAGCGUACAAUAACCAAUGACAUCGGAACUUCUGAAUCUGCUCAGAUGUUUUUACAAGGUGUUAAAGCUGCUAGCAAAUUUACCGUGGCGGAUUUGAAUGCAUAUUUUUCAUCCAAAAAAUACAAGAAAAAAGAAAUUGUUGAACAAGUUUUAGAUAUAAUUGGUUCAAAGCCGACCCCUGAAACUCACAAUGCUGUUAUGAAAUUUUUAGAAAUUGAAAAUGAAGAUGUAGAAGUCGAUUACUGCGAUAGGUACCUCUGGGCUUUAUCUCUUAAUCCUCAUCCUCAACUUUUUAUAAUUAACGAUCUUUUCGAACUGGGUGAAAGUCGACAUUCGAAUGCUAAAUUGUGGCAGACUAUCGUCCUCACAGUUCCGGCGAUGGUAUAUUCAUAUACUCAAAAAAACCCUGACGACGCUGAAAAUGACAAACUGCUUCAAAGGGGGAUAGAUUUUUUGAUAAAUCAUUUAAACCGGUGUGAAGACGAAGAUUUCGAUUGUCAAAAAGUCUAUAUGAGAGCGUUUGUGAACAUUCCAGACCCUAAAACUCUAAGCUAUCUUUUACAAUUUAAAAAAAUCUUCAACAAAAGGUUGAUUGUAGAAAUAAUGAGUGCAUUGCAAAAAAUUGAUGCUAAACACUGGACCAAAGAAGUUUUAGACUUGGCCGAGGAGGUUUAUUUAGCAAAUUCAACUUAUGACAGCACAGCAAGGAUUAUCUCAUUGGACAUGCUUCUCAAAACUAAAAUUAACGACAAUGCCACACUGAUGAAAAUAUUAUCGGUAUUAAAACACAACGACGUCAGUAAAGAAUUGAAACAAUAUUUAAUGAUUUCACUCGAAGGGCUUUAUGAAAAGAAUGAAGGUUUAAAGAAGAAAGUGAACACUUUUUUACGCGACAACAGGAGGAACAAUUACGACAGUCAAGCCUUGUCAGGCUUCUCGACUACAUUCCACAGGACAUUUAUGGACGGGGGAAGGCUGUCGACUGUGCAGGAAAUUUCCAAUAGCAUUUUAAAAAGUGGUGUCGUGAAUGUCGACAUUUUGAACGAAGGGCAGGCAAGCACAGCUUUCUCAUUGGGCUUAUAUUCUAAAGGUUUAUCAUCGUUUGUUUCAUCUGCCGAAGAUGAAAGUGAUGACGCAUUAACAGCCGGUAUGCAGCUCAGGGUGAUGAAUGUCAGUUUAAGGCCGUUUGUCUUUUUCGAUGGGAACGGAGAGUUGAUGAGUCAUGUGUUCGCAGGGACUGCAUCUACUUUGACCCCUGCUUAUCAGGCAUUGGUCCUCCUCGAUGACGACACUGUAGCGUUACCUCUUGGAAUCGGACACAUCGCCCAAAUUUCAUUCAUGUCCGGAGCUUCAGUCGACCUGUCUGGUCAGAAUAAAUUAAGCUUGUGGUACAAAACUGGAAACACACUGGUUCAAAACAAGGCCGGUUUGGCAUUUGAGGGUAAAAUCAGUCUCAAUCUGCCUUUUGUGAAAACCGAAGUCGAAUUCAAUUUGUUCGCAACACCCGAACUGCAUUUGUUAUCAUCGUUGAAUUUUGGCGACGGGAUUGCAAUGUGCCUUGAGUUAGACCAGCCUGAUUUAACAGUGAGGUAUACCACCUACAAAGUUGAACAGGUGAUGGGCAGUAAACACAAAGUUAAAAAAACAAGUAAUACAACAAUUCAAGCCCCGGGGAGAAGUUUUGCGCUCAACAGUAUGAAUAAUGCAAUGUGUAAUGCCCUCGCAAAACAGGGAUGGUUUGAUGAAGAAAAUUCGUAAUAAUUAAUUUGUAACUCAGGAUUUACAAAAAGUUACCUAUUAACUGGUUAAUAAGACUGUCAAAAAUAUUUCUAUUUGUGUAUUUUUAUAUAAAUAAAAAUAAAAUUGUUAUCGUUU